AUGGCUCAGUCCGAAGCUGCUGUUUCCCCAACAAUGGCCGCUUUUUUCCGCAAGAAAUUGCGCCCAUUACAUGGAAUUAUUGGCAGCUCAUGGGGGCACAGUAUCCAACUGCAAAGAGUUCCUUUCGCACCGCCCAUCGGAAAAUUCUUCUGGUCGGACAGACUCGGGUUCAAAGACGAAGAGCAAGAGCUUGUCAUCGCUGCUACUUCAUCCAAGAAAGUAGCCGGGAACGCGGAGAUUGUCAGAACCAUCCUGAGGGACUACGGAUUCGCCAAUGCCCAGAUCUCCAAACUCGUCGCCUCGCGCCCCUCUAUCCUCUCUUGCAAUCCGGACAAAACCCUCAUUCCCAAACUCGAGUUCUUCCGCUCCAUAGGCCUGUCGAGCACGGACCUCCCCAGAAUCAUCUGUGCGUGCAACAGCCUCUUGUUCCGGAGCCUGGAAAAGCAGCUUAUCCCUUGCUAUAAUUUCCUGAAGAGCGUGCUUCUUCUCGACGAAAACGUCGUCAAGAUGCUGAAGCACGGCGCCAGGAUUCUUACGCACGACGUUGACAAGAGGAUUGCCCCAAAUAUAGCCGCGCUGAGAGAAGCGGGCGCGCCCCAAUCCAUCAUCUUCUUCAUCUUGCUUUAUACCCCCAACGCGGUGCAUCGGGAUGGACAGAAGUUCAACGAAAGCGUUAAUAAAGCCUUGCAAAUGGGAUUCAACCCGUCGAAAUCGACAUUCGCGAAUGCCGUCCAAGUGCUCUGUGAAAUGCCCGAGUCAACUUGGGAUCAUAAAAUGGAGGUUUACCGGCGCUGCGGCUUGUCCAGAGAUGAAGUUCUGCUGGCGUUCAGGUCACACCCACUCUGUAUGUACUUAUCCGAGGAGAAAAUUACGCGAGCAAUGGACUUUCUUGUUAAGGAGAUGGGUUGGAAGCCAGCCGCCGUUGCCCGGUACCCUGCUGUCAUCUUCUUUAAACUGGAGAAGAGGAUCAUGCCACGAUGUGCAAUUAUUAAAGUUCUACUGGAACGUGGCUUGGUGAAGAAAGAUAUAUGCUUGGGUACAUUUUUACUGCCCAGUGAGACAUCUUUCUUGAGUUUGUAUGUGAAGAGAUAUGAAGAUGAUGUUCCAGGUCUGAUGAGUAUUUAUAUGGGAAAAUGA